ACUCUGUAGCACAGCCUCUGCCACAACACUGAAGGAGGCACUGGCGGCUGGGCGGUGAGAAAGGCGAGGUUGAGGGGAGCUGAGGAAGGAGAGUGGAGAGGAGGAGGGCCUUGGAGGCAGAGAGGAGGGGCGGCGGGCUCCCGGGGAGCCUGGCGCUGGCAGAGGCUCUGGCGGUUAGGGGACCGAUGUCGCUGCCACCGCCUCCUCCUCGCGGGCCGGAGCUGCGUCGCCCGGGUUGAGCCGCAGCUGCAGCCGCAAGCCGAGCGGUCGCCGGGCGCGCCCGCAACACGGGAAGAUGGGCUGCGGCGGGAGCCGAGCCGAUGCCAUCGAGCCCCGCUACUACGAAAGCUGGACCCGGGAAACCGAGUCCACCUGGCUCACCUACACCGACUCGGACGCUCUGCCCAGCGCCGCAGCCACGGACGGCGGCCCCGAGGCGGGCGGCCUGCACGCGGGUGUACUGGAAGAUGGACUGUCCUCUAACGGUGUGCUCCGACCUGCAGCCCCAGGGGGAAUAGCCAACCCAGAGAAGAAGAUGAACUGUGGGACACAGUGUCCCAACUCACAGAGCCUCAGCUCAGGCACUCUGACCCAGAAACAGAAUGGCCUCUGGACCACAGAGGCUAAAAGGGAUGCUAAGCGAAUGUGUGCAAGAGAAGUCACUAUUAAUGUCACAGAGAACAUCCGGCAGAUGGACAGAAGUAAAAGGGUCACCAAGAACUGCAUCAAUUAGAAAUGCCUGGGUGUGGGAGCACAUGAACUUCUUGGUGGAGUCCAGUCAAAGAAUCCUGAAGAAGUGGGUGUCACUCGCUGAACGUGGAUGCCUCUGAGCGAUACAUGGCCACCCACGCUGUGACGGCCAUCUCCGUUUCCUGUUUAUCACAUACAGAAAAUACAUCGAAAAGUCUUGAAAUGUGUUCACAGAUUGCCAAAAUGUGGUUUGUUUUUCCCCUCUGCAGCUUCCGUAGCAUGGUCUGCUGUAGCCGUGGUGAAGCCCGUGGUGGGUCUGUGAAUGGGAAAGAAAGGGAGGAGGAAUGGAAUUCCCGGGUCAGGGGCUCACAUCAGUGUGAGCUUUCACAGUGAGAGGCUUCAGACAAGCACCUUCUUUCUCCUUUCUUUUUAAAUAUGGUCAUCUCGAAAUUUACUGUUUUCACUUAAGAGCUGGGUCUCAGCCAAUUCUAAACCCAGAAAUACAAAAAUGGAGAAACAGAGAGACUCAGAAUGAGAUCGAUCAGUCCCAGCUUCACGUGCUGACCUCCCUGGUGCCUAUGAAGUGUCUUUUAGAGGUGUCUACACCACACACACACACACACACACACACACACACACACACACACACACACACACCUGUUCCUCCUCUACCUGGAAAGGCCUUCCAGGCUGGCAUCUAGGCAUUGGCUUCCAAACCAGAAUGUCACAUGUCAGUGGCCCUUUCACCCAACCUGCAACCCCCCUUUGGGACCUAGCUUCAUGUUGCUUUUUUCCAAUAUCUUUUCAGUUCUCUACAGUCCUCAUGGGCUUGGCAAAUCCAGUCAGGUCUCCUGCAGCUGGACACCACUCACGGGGGUGACCUAGGAACACAUGGUGGCACACGUGAUGCCCCUUUGGCCUUUCUGUACAUAGCUCCAAGGACCAUGUUAUUUUGGUAUCUGCAGAGUAGUUAGUUUGGAAAGCCAGAGGCUGGUUGAUGUAUAUUCCUGUUGACAUCAGACUGACAAGGCACUGUAUGGGAAACCAGGCAGCCAACACAGAAAAGCGAUGCUUUGAUAGAAACCGUUUCCCGGCAUCCUUAAACACAGCUUCCUGCAGAGUAUGACACAUGAGUUCGAAAGGACUGUUAACAUGCUUGGGCUUAUGAAAGGCGUAGUCCAAGUCACAUCAAACUGUACCAACAAACUCACACCUAGCAGCAAUAGCAGUCCGGUGACAUGAUUAUAUGACAGUCCAAGGAAAGCAACCUAAGCAGACUAAGAUGCAGAUGCUCACUCCUGUCUCCGAAACUAUUUCUCCAACACAAAUAGAACUGUACGCUGUAUGUUUAUUAGUAUUCAAAUUCACUGCCAACCUUGUGCCAACUACAGUAACAGACGCAGAGGGAUUUGGAGUCUGGCAGUCACGACUGUACUUCUGACUCUGUGGGGAGGCUUGGUACUCAGAAGACUGAUGUGGACCCUGUGGCACAGGACCAAUUACUGCAGUGGAAUCUCACUUUUAGGUUAAGGGUAGCUUUCUGUCACUCACAGAUGUAUGUCUUCUCCUUUGCUGUAUACACCACAGUUCCCCUCACCUCGACUCCUUGUCAAAGGGCUUUUAGGGAACUUCAUGUUCUGAUAAUGUAACUAAUAAAACAAAAGCAAGCCCCGUGA